CAGAAGACAAGAAGACAAACCAACAACGUUUUACUGCAUCUACAGUAAAAGCUUUCAGUCAUGAACUGCAGACCCAUCGAAAUAGCAGCUCUGGGAAGACCUCUGUAUCCUGGCAUGUUGUACGACUGCCGCAGCGAUGCCUUCAUUCCAGGUGUCACUCUUUGGGAUAAGCAAGCAUUACGUGAGGAUCUAGAUGUACGUCGACAGCCUAAAACGCAUCUGAAUUUCUCUGCUUCUGACUCACUCAGUGAUAAGACCAACCUGCUGGACGUGAGCGCCUCCCUUAAAGCCAGCUUUUUGGGGGGGUUGGUAGAGGUUGGAGGAUCUGCUAGGUACCUACAUGAUGUGAAAUCAUCAGAGCAUCUGGCCCGGGUUACCAUGAGUUAUAGCCAGACCACAAGGUUUGAACAACUUACCAUGGCUGAGCUUGGCAAAAUCAUCUAUCCACAAGUGUUUGACCAGCGUACGGCCACUCAUGUGGUCACAGCUGUACUGUAUGGAGCUCAGGCCUUUAUGGUGUUUGAUUGUACAGCUGCAGAUUAUGAUGACAAACAGAAAGUUGAAGGAAACCUUCAUGUUCUGAUCAAGAAGAUCCCUUCCUUUUCAAUAGAGGGAAGUGCAAGCCUAGAGUUGAAUGAGAGUGAAAAGAAGAUGGCUGAGAAAAUCAGUGUCACAUUUCAUGGUGACUAUGAACUAGAAAACAAUCCCACAACAUACCUGGAAGCCAUAGAAACAUACAAGACACUGCCUCAGCUGCUGAAAGGGGAGAACUAUGGUGUACCAGUAAAAGUGUGGUUGUAUCCACUCUCGCUCCUUAAUGACAAGGCAGCAAAGUUGGUGAGAGAAAUUAGCAACAGCCUGGUGUCUAAAACAGAACAAUUGCUGGAGGAACUAGGAGAAGUAGAGAGAAGAUGCAACGAUUUGGUCAAAGACAGAAGUGUUGAUGAUUUCCUUGAUCUGAAAGAUCGGCUGGAAAUGUUUCAAAGCUUGGUCAGUAAUUACAAGAUUGCAUUCCAGAAGGCUCUCUCCAAAGUCUUACCAGCUAUUCGGGAUGGGGCACAGGAAGAGCUGGCACUGGCUAACAUCCUGAGCACCCAAUACAAGUCACCUUUUGCUGCAAACAAUUUGAACCAGUGGUUAGACGACUUUAUGACUGAAUUGAACAUACUGAGUUCCUAUAUCAGUGGGCUGAAGGACAUCAGAGUUGUGACAUCCUCAGGCCAACUCAAGGCCAUUCUCUUUGAUCCUGACGUAGAUGUAGUGGUAUGCUUGUCUUUCACAUCUCUGAAGUACAAAGACACAUUCCUAGAAGCACUGAAAGAUUUUGUGAAUUCUGGAGCAUGUGCAAAGCUAGAGCAAGCAAACACUAAAGCAUAUUCUCCCCAAGUAACAGAGCCUUGGUUCAGUUCCACUGACAUUUCCAAGACCAUGAGACAGAACCUUUCUCUCUUUACAAGUUUCUCAAAUGCCAACAAAAAUAAAGAGAGAAUCCAAUUCGUCAUUGCCUCCAUCUCUGACCCUGCCAAUCCUGGUACCUCCAUCCAACUUUAUGAAAAAGGCAAACUGACAGAUCCAAAGUUCCAGCCUGUGUCCAAGCCUCCUCCACCAACAGUUGAGACCCAAGACAUGACUGCAACCCUGAAGCUUCAAAAAUCCCCAACUGGAGAAACACUGCGGUUCAGAGUAGAAUACAGGAUGGUAAAGGAAGGUGAAUCUAACCCGGGGGAAGACUGGGAGACCAGAGACACUCCGGAUGCAGAGAAACCUUUCGUACUGACUGGACUGCAGCCAGGGAACCAAUACUUGUUCCGGUACAAAGCUGUCAGUGUGGCGGGAGUGAGUGAAGCCAGUGAAUCUGUUCCUGCACAACUUGUUCUCAGUUAUGACUGCAUCUUGGUGGGUGGUACUGGAGGAACUGAAUUCCUUUUUUUGCAUGAAGAUAUCAGCAUGAUACUGAGGAUGAUCAUGGUUACACUGAGCAAAAAUACGGUGGAUGCUAUCAAGGUAACACUCCGCAAUAAUCAGGAGAGGGAUUUUGGUGUAGUAAAGGUCCCGCUAUUCCAGGAAUUCAUAUUUCAGGAAGGGGAUCGUUUCCGUUCGCUGACCCUGUGGCCAAACAAAGAUGGAAAUCGUCUUGGAGGUCUUUCCUUUAAGGUUGUGAGGAAAAAAGGGCAGACUGAAGAAUUCUCUGCUAAAAUUUCAAACUUGGGCCAGCCUGUGCGCGUUGACGUGGGUUCAGGGCUAUGUUAUGGAUUUAAAGUGAGAUGUGGGGUGGACAUUGAUGCUUUUGGCUUUAUUUUUCAAAAGUGAUAAGCAAUAGUCAACUAGUAGUCAACUUCACGCCAAUGUGACACUUUGAUGAUGCAAUGUUUAUGAAUAGAGGAAUGAAAAGGAACCUUUAAAAAAGUCCAAAAAGUCAACUUCAAAUAAUUUAAGCACAAUGAUGCAGCAAAUAGACAGAAAAAGAAGGUCACUCUGAUUUCACUCUUAAAACAGAUGGAUCUUCAAAGGUUCUUUGGUAAAGACACUGGUUCUAU